CGGGUUUGGCAUUUUGCAGUACAUGAACUAAGUUGCAAUAAUUCACCAGGAACCGAAUGACAGGACUCUAAGGGUUGUCCUAACUUUUAUGAUAGGCCUACCUCACAGAGGAAGGAUACCAAGUGACGUCACCUACGCCUACAUCUAUCUUGAAUGUGCUUGAAUGUGGAAGAUAAAGUGCAAUCCAGUCAUCAUGGAUGGUAAUAUGAUGCACCAUGCAGGAAAUUCUUUUCAUCGUUGAUAUUGGAAAACCCUGUUAAAGUUUCCUGAUGUCACCAUGCCUGUAUCUCUAAGUGUCUGGCGUGUUAGGAUCGGCACGUAUCUUAGGAGGUAUCGUCAUGAUCCACAGAAAGAAACUGAACAAUCAAAAGAAAAUGACAAUAGACGGAAUCAAUCUUCCAAUGUUUCCUCAAGAGGUGAAAAUAGCAAAAAUGCCAGUGCGUCCUGUCAACAACAUCCGUCUUCGGAUAAUGUAGAAAUGAAAACCGUCAAAAAUGAAUUCCCAUGUAACAUCAACAGUAACACGGUUGAUGUGUGUUCUGAGACUAUGUCGACUUCAGCCAUUCCUGGUUAUGACACCGCCAAUGGAUCUCCAUGUGAUAUAAUAAGCCUCCGUAAUAUCACUCAACAAGCUCAGCAAGGAUCUUUGAAGUGUGCUGAUGACCAUACGUUUUCAACUUGUUCAACAGAGCCGACAGGGAAGGAAUCCAUUCCUGCCUCUGAUCCUACUGACAUCAAGGCUCCAGAGCCUUGUGACCUAGACGAGUUGGACAUGAGAUACAUAACCAUUAACGGCGUAUCAUCUCCUAGCCUAUGCGAUUUGCUUCAAAUACGUGAACCAGACCAACAUGAUGGCACAUCGGAGUCAUACUCACAGGUAGCUAGUUCUCAGGACGAGGGCAAACAUGGCGAGAAAGAUAUUACGUCAAUACCUUUACGGUCGGGGAUACAUGGUCUAUCGUCGCGUUGUACUGAUCUGGAUACAUCUAGCAACGCUCAGCACAUAUCGUGUACGGGGGAGAUCGCAGAGUUUCAUAGAACACCAAUCUCUCCCGUGAGUAGGUCAUGUUCAUCAAGUGGAGACGCAGAUAAAGUACAAAGGAAUCUUUUCUGUUCUAUUAUGACUAACGUGCUCCUCCUGAGGUCCGGUGACGUGGAGCAAAAUCCUGGUCCAAAUACCGACCCUGGCAAUCUAACUGAGUUCGAACUCCAUCUCCUUGCUGACGGUAUGGAUCCAUCAGACUUCAGGAAGGUUGGACUAGCUCUAGAAUUCACUGAGGCUCAACUAAGUCGGUUUGAGAGAGAUAGCAUUGGCAACAUAAUGCAAGCUACCUAUAAGAUGCUGUGUGAAUGGCUGAAGACAGUCCCACAAGUUGAAGCGAGGGAGAUACUGUCCAACAAGUUAAAAAACAUCAAUCUUGUACAGUUGGCCGACAGUGUACAGAAAGGUAAGGCCGGAGAUCACAUACCAUCAAUGACGGAAGAUGAAUUCCAACGGGUCAUCAUAGAGGUCAAGAAAUAUUCUGCCAUUCACCACUGUCAAAUUCAAGCCGAUCCACUGAACAGCGACCUUCUACUUAAAUUUAAUCGGAUUUUCACAAAUCUGACUUUGAUGGAAGAAGAUAAGGGAACAAAGCAUAAGACACCGUUACUCUACAAAGACCUACUCAAGACCAAGGUAAACGGGGUCUUUCCUCAACGGCUGCUGGUUGAAGGUGAAGGUGGUGUAGGGAAGACAACUCUCUGUGCAAAAAUCGUUUGGGACUGGAUUCAUGGAGCAAGUUACCAAGAUUUCAAACUUGUACUUCUCGUCCUCCUUCGUGAAGUUAAGGAUAAGACAAUUGGAGAGAUUAUAAAGUCCUACCUCCCAGAUGACAAUAAGGUUACAGCCAUGCAGCUAAACAUGUAUGUCUUUUCCCAUCAGAAAGACAUCCUUCUCGCUCUGGACGGCUUUGAUGAGUUUGCUGGCGAUCUGGAUAGCUAUUACCAAAUCGCCCUAAUCAUCCUGAAUCGGCUUUUCAAGUCAGGGAAAGUACUAAUUACAUCAAGACGAUGGAGAUCAGAUGAGAUACGGAAAAUUACAGAGCUUAGAAAGCUGUAUGCUUUCAUUGCCGUGGAAGGUUUCUCUGAUGAGAAUCUCUCUUCCUACGUCACCAAGUUCUUCCAUCCUGACACAAUUUCGGCUGAAGAUUUGAAUCGAUUUAUAUCAAAUAACGAUGUGAUCAGAGAGAACAUGGCUCCAUACCCCAUAUACACAGCUAUGAUGUGUAUCAUGUGGAAAGAAUUCGAUGGAGCUCGUCGCAUAGCAAUGUCGAAAUUACAAACAUUUUCCCAGCUCAUUAACGAGAUGGUCCAAUUCUUGGUCGAUCAUUAUCUCUCAAAGCUCGGUCUGUCCGCAAGAGACGAGGAAUGGCAUAUACAGCGUGCAGAAAUACUUCUCCAUCUAUCCCACAUCGGUGGUCUUGCGUUCCAGGGGCUCAAGGAAAGGCGAUUGGUGUUCACUGAACAAGAGUUCAAGAGCUGGCCCGGGUGUGUCACAAUAGGUUGUCAAGUUGGAGUACUCACUAAACAAGCACCGAUCCUUCAGAGGAGAAGCAGAAUGUGUCACGCACAUUCCGCAGACUCAUCUGUGCAGUUUCCCCAUAAGCUGUUUCAGGAGUAUCUAUCAGGAAUGUAUCUUGCAUCUCUUCACAGCUCAAACAAAAGCAAAUACCAUAGGUCGAUGAAGGAUAUAAUCGAAAAAGCAAGUGAAUUCCGUGAGCUUCUGUACUUCACCUCGGCUCAACAGAAGGAGGUUGGAUUGGAUAUCAUAACUCGUCUCAAAGCAUCAACGUCAACACGAUCAAUGAGAUAUGGAGAUAACGAUGAUGACUUCAUCGUUGAUGUAGCAUAUGAGAGUCAAGACCAAACAGUGUCCAAAACUGUGGCAAAUCAUUUAUCGACUUCAUCCAGCAAAACGCUUACGAUCGGGAAGGAGAUGCAGGGACACACGGUAUCAGGACAUAUCUUCAUCAUGAAUUAUCGUAAAGUGGAAAAUCUUGAAAUUAAAAAGCCGUGUGGACGGACUGCUUCAGAGGACCUAGCUGAAUUCAUGUGCUCCUCAAACACCCUGAGCUCUGUGACGAUCCGUAUGCCUGACUACCCACAUGACCUAGAGGAUGCACACAUGCAUGAUGUGUUCUACUCUGUGCUUGCUCGGAACGCCACUGAUACAAAGAUUGAGUGUCUUGACAUCAAUUACAUUGAUCUCAGUCAACGUCAGUCUGCAUCACGUGAUCUGGCUCAGUUUAUUUGUAAGAUGCCUCAUCUCAGGGAACUUCAUCUCGGUGGUGCAUACAGAAACAUCGGUCCCUCGUUUCAUGACGAGUUCUAUUCAACGUUGUCAUCAUUAGCAUCGUCUGCAAAGAUUGAGCAUCUUGAUAUCGAGUACAUUGAUCUCAGUCAACGUCAGUCUGCAUCACGUGAUCUGGCUCAGUUCAUUUGUAAGAUGCCUCAUCUCAGGGAACUUCAUCUCGGGGAUAGAUAUGGAACCACCAGUCCCUCACUUCAUGAAGAGUUCUAUUCAACGUUAUCAUCCUUAGCAUCGUCUGCCAAGAUUGAGCGUCUUAAUAUCAAGUACAUUGAUCUCAGUCAAUGUCAGUCUGCAUCACGUGUUCUGGCUCAGUUCAUUUGUAAGAUGCCUCAUCUCAGGGAACUUCAUCUCGGGGAUAGAUAUGGAACCACCAGUCCCUCACUUCAUGAAGAGUUCUAUUCAACGUUAUCAUCCUUAGCAUCGUCUGCCAAGAUUGAUUGUCUUGACAUCCAUUACAUUAGUCUCAGUCAACGUCGGUCUGCAUCGCGUGAUCUGGCUCAGUUCAUUUGUAAGAUGCCCCAUCUCAGGGAACUUUGUCUUGGUGAUGAAUACUACAGACCGACAUCUCAUGACGAGUUCUAUUCAACGUUAUCAUCCUUGGCAUCGUCUGCAAAGAUUGAGAUUCUUCAUCACAAUGAGAUUCUCAGUGAACGUCCAUCUGCAUCACGUGAUCUCGCUCAGUUCAUAUGUAAGAUGAAUCAUCUGAAGAACCUCGCACUCUUCCGUCAGUAUCAUGAUGACUUCUACUCAACAUCAUCAUCAAUGGCAUCAUCUGCAAAGAUUGAGAUUCUUCAUCACAGAGAGAAUCUCAGUGAACGUCCGUCUGCAUCACGUGAUCUCGCUCAAUUCAUCUGUAAGAUGAAUCAUCUGAAGGACCUCACACUCUACUACGGUCUGUAUCAUGAUGACUUCUACUCAACAUCAUCAUCGAUGGCAUCAUCUGCAAAGAUUGAGAUUCUUCAUCUCAGUGAGAAUCUCAGUGAACGUCCGUCUGCAUCACGUGAUUUCGCUCAAUUCAUCUGUAAGAUGAAUCAUCUGAAGAACCUCGCACUCUACUACGGUCAGUAUCAUGAUGACUUCUUCUCAACAUCAUCAUCGAUGGCAUCAACUGCAAAGAUUGAAAUUCUUCAUCACAAUGAGAAUCUCAGUAAACGUCCGUCUGCAUCACGUGAUCUCGCUCAGUUCAUCUGUAAGAUGAAUCACCUGAAGAACCUCAAACUCUGCGGUCAGUAUCAUGGUGACUUCUACUCAACAGCAUUGUCGAUGGCAUCAACUAUAAAGGAUGACUGCAACACGAGCUCAAAUGUGACUGAUCUGACCGUUACUGAUUAUACACUAGAAGAAUGGCAGGAUUGUGGAUCGAUGUUUGACAAUGUGAAGAGGAUCACCAUACAGGUACGGUGCACGAUCAGAUGUGACGUCAUCCAGAGGAUCCAUCUACCAGCAGUGACAGAGCUCACCAUUCAAACACAUGAGUUUGCUGAUGAACCGGCUUCUCUCCACGAUGAUCACACCUCACUACCCAAUGCUCUCCACAAGGUCUCAUCUCAGCUUGUCAAGGUCACAUUCACAGAUCUCGACAUUGGUAACAAUAAGAUAAGAGGCAUCAUUCAAGCUUUCAGAUCAUCGGACGACCUCAAACAUCUGAGGACCCUAAGAUUCAUACGAUGUGGGACUGAUGAGAGAUUAGAUUGUUCUAGUAUUGAUUCCGAUGAUGAACAUAAGGUAAAGGUGGAGAUAGAACAUGGCAAACCAGUUGGUGAGAACUUUUGGAGUUGAAGUUGCGGCAUCAAGGUCAUGAAUCAGACGAGCUUAAUAUUUAAGGAUGGCAGCCAACAAGAAGCCAUGAGUUAUUUUAUUUCGGAGUACCAUAAUUGGAACAGAUUUACUGAUAAUGAAGAUCCCACACCUCAACCAUUUGUUAAUGUGUCGGUUAAAUCAUGGACCUAUUAGACAUUCAACGCUAUCUUUUCUUUGAUCGAACGAGAUCCGCCGCCCAAUGAUAAUGUGCAUCUUAAUGAGAACAUACAGGUAUUUUGACAAUAGCGACUACCAAGGCGUAUCUCAUUAUUUUCAAAGCACAACUUUACUGGUUUUAGUUAUGUUGGCUGAUGCCCUGUGUUAGAGAAUGCUUUUCAGUCAACAUGCUUUAGAU